CAGUUGGAUUGCUACUGCUCGUCUACAGCAUCCCGAAUGGCCAUGGGCYAUUACUAACAUCCCGAAAUCAAUCCGAAAAUAUAGCAGUAAACUGAAAKACAMCSAACUUGAAGCYCAUGUUCAAGACAUCGCCAAACGCUUCCARAAUGAAGUUCUUGAUCGCCUCAAACCGUGUGAUCUCCARCUAAUYCACUCAGAUUUGAACGAGCAUAAUACYAUCGUUGAGCCCAAUCCUGAUGGCCAGAUGGAAGUUAAAGGCUUUAUUGACUUCAAUGACWURCAGUUCUCUUAUASAUUACUCUGCGUGGGGGUUGCGRUCGGAUACCUCAUGACAGAAGCUCGCAAGAAGAACUUUGACAUAGUCCAAGCCUGCGGUCACUUGUUGGCAGGCUACCAAUCAGAGUUCGCAGUAGAAGACUCAGACAUGCGCAAGUUGUUGGUUACAGGCCAAGCUCGUAUAUGCCAGUCUUUAGUGCUUGGAGCUUAUCAAUGUGAAAUGGACCCGGAUAAUAUCUAUUUGACUUACACUCAUAAGUCUGGCCUGGAAGUCCUGGAAAGUCUCAAGUUAAUACCAGAAAGUGAAAUUGUGGAAAGUUGGAAAAACAUCAGUUUACAUGCCGGCAUAUAGAGUCCGGCAUAUAGAGUCCGGCAUAUCUUCGGGGAAAAGAAGUUAACAAUA